GUUGUGUGAGAGAGAUCAAUUGAUUAAUUAGAAGAAAUUUUAAAAAAAAAUGGGAAGAGCACCGUGCUGCGACAAGGAAAACGUGAAGAAAGGGCCGUGGUCGCCUGAAGAAGACGCGAAGCUCAAGAAUUACAUCGAGAAAUAUGGAACCGGCGGCAAUUGGAUCGCCCUUCCUCACAAAAUCGGGUUGAGGAGAUGCGGAAAGAGCUGUAGACUGAGGUGGUUGAAUUACUUGAGACCAAACAUCAAACAUGGCGGAUUCUCCGACGAAGAAGACAACAUCAUUCUCAGUCUCUACAUCAGUAUCGGCAGCCGGUGGUCGAUUAUCGCGGCUCAGCUUCCGGGAAGGACAGACAACGACAUCAAGAACUACUGGAACACGAAACUGAAGAAGAAGCUGCUCGGGAGGCAGAAGCAGAUGACUCGCCAAGAUUCAAUCACCGACUCGAAUGAAACCUCCAAGAGCUCUCAGAAUCUGAGCAACUCAGCCCUCGAGAGGCUGCAGCUUCAUAUGCAGCUUCAGAAUCUGCAGAACCCAUUCUCCAGUUUCUAUAAAAAUCCUCUCCUGUGGCCUAAUCUUCACCCGCUGCUGCAGACGCAAGAUCAAGAUUCGAGACUUGCGUUGCAAGAAAACUUCCCGACAUUAGAAGUUGAUCAUCAGAACAAGCUAUCUCAAAUGAAUAACGGGGUCUCAUCAUUCUGUGGACGUUUCAAUCCGGCCGUCUGUCCGAAUUCAGACGGCCUUGAACCGUUCUUGAACCCGGUUCAUGAUUUCCGGCCCAAUCUUGAUUCGUUCUUGGACAACCAAAGCUUCUCCUCGACAGGGCUGUCUCAGCAAAUUCACUUGGAUCAUAACGGCUUGGAUCUUAUGAAAGAGAUGAACAAAAGUUCGAACGAUGUCGAAGUGGCUAACGAUUUCGGUCUUCUGAGAGAGAUGAACGCUGGUUCGAGUUUGUGGUCAGAGGAGUUCGAGAGGAAGACGACGCGGUCGAGAUCUUGGGACUCGGCUUCGGUAUCUGUCGUGGACCAGACAGAUCAUGGGAUCGUCAUGCUACAAGAGUUCGAGCAGAUGGGUUACGUUGACAGCGUGUAAUAAUCCAUUCCAUGCGCGCAUCGUGUGGGUUUUUAUAAUUUAGGGACGCAUAUAAAAUGAUGUAUUGAUACGAUUACGAACAUAAGCUUGUAGAAGCGUUGGGCCGAAAAAAAAAUGGGGUUUUCUAUGUACUAUAGUAUAUAUUUUGUAGCAUG